GAAUGCAGCAGUCGUUUGAGCGCCAAACUCGCGCUGCAGUGAGUCAGAAGGAAGAGGUGGAGUUUGGGUUAAUCAGUGUAAAAAUAUGUAAAACAAUUAACAAUUACUGGUCAAUUGUAGCUAACACUUUUCAAGAGAAAAUGGCAAUGUUUCGCUGUAAGACUGCCUGGUUUUCUAACAGUGUGCCACAGGCCUGUCGCACGUUUUGGAUUUCAGAAGGGGGCUCCAUUGCUCAGUGGAGAACAGCAGAUUACCUUUUCAGUGAGGAUGCUACAUGCCCUGAUACUCUGAGGAUCUUUGAGAGCAAGGAUUACCUCUGGAACAAGGUGACGAUUUUUCACAGCUUGUUUCUAUCUGCCUGUCAAAAGCGGCAGAGUGUGAAAUCUCUGAACAUUGGUCAUUAUGUGCUGCCUCCAGCCUCCAUACAAGAUGAAGUGAGAAAUGUGGUUGGGCGGCUGAUUUGGGAGCAUGAAGACAAACAGUCAGUGGAACAGGACGCCCUAGAAAGUUUUACUUGCCCAACAGAAGAUGAGUCCAGCGAAGAAGAAGUCAGCAUAAGGGAUUCUGAAUCAUCUGAUGCAGACUCAUCAGAAAAUGAAGUGCUAUUAUGUGACUGUAUGCAAAGAUAUCCAGUUAAAAGCAUGAUUACAGGAUAUGUCAGGAUGGACAAGCUGCAGAAAUACUCAGGUGAUCUGUGCGAUUUCCAUCACGGGAGUUUCCAGUGCUUCAGAUGCAAAGCACUCUGCUGCUUGCCAAGCACAUAAGCAAACAACUACUAAGAGAAAACCAGUUUUUAAAAGAUGAGUUAAUGUUUGCAUUGCUUCCUGCACUUGUUUUUUUUUGUGUGUGUAAAUAAACACUGACUUAAAAUAAAUCAGUGUAUUAACGUUAGUGCUCAUUUCAUUUUGUCAUUUUAUUUUCUGUUCUUACUGUUCAGUGUGUCACAAUUUAAUGUUAUAUGUGUGUUAGCCCAUUGUG